CCAUCUCGACGGGCGGACGCGUCACACCGACCGGGAACACACCGUUCUGUCGCUCGAUCGAAUCCGGUUUUACGAAGUUAGCCAUCCCCUGCGUUGCUGCGUGUGUGAAACCGUCAAAGCCAAGUGCAUCAAACUGGAGUCUCUAACGAGAACAACCCCGCUCUAAUCCCGGAUCUUUGGCAUACGCAGUACAUUGUACUGUAAAGACUUGCAACGAAAUAGGACUUUUCUUUCCAAGCAGUAAUAACAAGCAGGCAGGCAGUAACGAUGGAGGAUUCGACCACCGUAAUGGGAGCAAUGGAGUCCGGAAACAUGACCUAUGAGAACAAUGUCGUUGCGCCAGGCGCCAGCUCGGCCCCGGCCCCGGCCACCACGCCCUGCUACGACGAUCUGUUCCCGGCCCUUCCGGAGAGCGAGCCGCCGCGGUUCAACAAUGCCCUGUCGCCGGCCGCACAGAGCAUGCGCGUCGGCAGCUCGAUCGUUACGCAGGUGUUUAUUGUGCCGUCCGGCGAGCGCAAGUACGACUCGGACAAGUUCGGCGAGGGCGAGUCGCUGCGCACGUGCCAGGUGAUCAUGAAGGAAACGAACGCGCACAUCGAGAUCUCGAGCGGCAAGGACCAGUCGCUGACGUUCUUGGUGACCGGUAAGCUGAGCGAGGUGAUGGAGGCGCGCCGCAAGAUUCUGGUGCACUUCCAGACGCAGGCGAGCAAGACGAUCAGCGUGCCGCGCGAGCACCACCGCUGGAUCCUCGGCAAGAAGGGCGAGCGGCUGCGCGAGCUGGAGCGUACCACCGCUACUAAGAUCAACGUGCCGCGCAUCAGCGAGGAGUCGGACACGAUCACCAUCCUUGGCACGAAGGAGGGCAUCGAGAAGGCGGAACACGAGAUCCGCACGAUGUCGGACGAGCAGUCGCGCAAGGCGUUCGAGCGGUUCGACGUACCGAAAAUCUACCAUCCGUUCGUGCUCGGCCCGUACAAUGAGAACCUACAGAAGAUGAUGGAGGAAACCGGCGCCAAGAUCAAUAUCCCGCCGCAGUCGGUGCAGAAGGACGAAAUCAUGAUCACCGGCGAGAAGGAGGGCGUGCUGGCGGCCAAGGCGCGCAUCGAGGCGAUCUACAAGGAGAUGGAGAAGAAGUGCACCUCGGUGGCAGUGGAGGUGUCGCGGGCGCAGCACAAGUACGUGUAUGGGCCACGCGGUAGCACCAUCCAGGAGAUCCUGCAAAUGACGGGCGUGUCGGUGGAGAUGCCGCCGAGCGAUUCGCCGAGUGACACGAUCACGCUGCGCGGCCCGCAGGACAAGCUGGGCAACGCGCUGAGCGUUGUGUACCAGAAGGCGCACUCGAUCCGCACGACCGUGUUGGAGUGCCCGCACUGGAUUCACAAGUACAUCAUUGGACGGGAGGGCGGCCACAUCAAGGAGUUCUCCGUGCAGCACCCGAACGUGCACGUCGAGUUCAGCGAGGAUAAAAUCAAGAUCGAUGGACCACCGGAGCAGGUCGAGAUUGCGUCGGAGGAGCUGCAGAAGAUGGUCAACGAUCUGACUGGGCGGCUCACAUUCGCCGAGAUGUCGGUCGAUCCGGUGCACUGCAAGCACAUCAUCGGCAAGGCGGGCUCGAACAUCAACCGCAUGAAGGAGGAGUACGAUGUGCAGAUCAACAUCGACGAGAAGGACGCCAAGCCGAUUCGCAUCGAGGGCCCUGCCGAGGGCGUGGCCAAGGCGCAACAAGAGCUGCUGGAGAAGAUCGCCAAGUGGGAGAACGAGAAGGAGGAGUCGAUCAUAAUCGACCACCGGCUGUUCAAGACGAUCAUCGGUGCGAAGGGUGAAUCGAUCCGGGAGAUCCGUGAGAAGCACAACCAAGUGCAGAUCGUGUUUCCGGGCCCGAACGACAAGUCGGACAUCGUGAAAAUCCGUGGCCCGAAGGAGGAUGUCGACCGUUGCCACAAGUACCUCACGCAGUACGUGAAGGAACUGCAGAAGAACUCGUUCGUGAUGGAGGUGCCGAUCUUUAAGCAGUUCCACAAGUAUAUCAUCGGUAAGGGUGGUGCGAACAUCAAAAAGAUCCGCGACGAGACGCAGACCAAGAUCGACCUGCCGGCCGAGGACAACGAGAACGAGGUAAUCCUCAUCACCGGAAAGCGCGAGAACGUCAAGGAGGCACGCGAGCGUAUCCAGAAGAUCCAGAACGAGAUGGCGAACAUCGUGACGGAGGAGUUGGUCAUCCCGGCGAAGCAUCACAUUUCGCUGAUCGGGACCGGCGGUAUACUGAUCAAUUCGAUCAUGGAGGAGUGCGGCGGUGUUUCGAUCAAGUUCCCCAGCUCGGACUCCAAGAGCGACAAGGUAGUGGUGCGCGGCCCGAAGGACGACGUUGAGCGCGCUAAGCAGCAGCUGCUGGAGCUAUCGGGCGAGAUGGAGUUGUCCUCGUACUCGGUCCAGAUUCGUGCCAAGCCGCAACACCACAAAUUCCUGAUCGGAAAGAAUGGCGCUUCCAUCAAGAAGAUCCGUGACAAGACGGGUGCUCGUGUGAUUUUCCCAGGUGUCAACGAUCAGGACAAUGAAGUGAUCACGAUCAUCGGCAAGAAGGAGAACGUCGAGGAGGCAAAGACCGAGCUGGAGGCGAUCAUCAAGAACAUCGACAACAUCGUCGACGACGAGAUCACCGUGGAUCCGAAGUACCACAAGCACUUCGUUUCCAUGCGGGGCAAGGUGCUGAAGCGCAUCGAGGAGGAGUGCGGCGGCAUGUCGAUUUCGUUCCCGCGCGAACGUGACGAGCGCAACGACCGCGUCACGCUGAAGGGCCCGAAGGACUGCAUCGAGGCGGCCAAGCAGCGCAUCCUCGAGAUCGUCAGCGAGCUCGAGUCGAUGGUGACGAUCGAGUGCUACAUUCCCGCCCAACACCAUCGCAUCGUGAUGGGUCGCGGUGGCUUCAAGGUGCAGGGCAUCACCUCCGAGUUCGGCGUCAACAUCAAGUUCCCGGAGCGUGUUUCCGCUCAGCACAUGGUUGCACCCACCGUCGACGAAUGGGCCCCCACAACUGAGAAUGGCGGAAGCAACGCCGGUGUUGCCGGAGUCGAGGGCGAUGCUGGUGCCGCCGAGCCGGCUGCGGUGAAUGGCAACGGUGAAGCGACCCCGCCGGCAUCGGUGACGGCCGAACCGGUGCAUCGUGCGUCGGAUUUGAUUCGCAUCAGUGGUAACAAGGAGAAGUGUGAGGCGGCGAAGGAAGCGUUGCUGGCGCUGGUACCGGAGACGGAGGAAAUCAGCGUACCGUUCGAUCUGCAUCGCUCGCUGAUCGGUCAGAAGGGACGGGACGUGAAGGAGCUGAUGAACGCGUACGAUGUGCACAUUGAGAUGUCGCCGCAGGACAAGAAGCUCGACAUCAUCAAGGUGACGGGUACGAAGACGGCCAUCGCCGAUGCGAAGGUAGCGAUUGCCGAGCGCAUCAAGAAGCUCGAGGAAGAUCGCAAGGAUCGCGAGCUGCGCUCGUUCGAGAUCAAGGUCGAGGUGGACCCGGCCUACCAUCAGAAGAUCAUCGGCCGCCGCGGCGUGGUCAUCAACAAGAUUCGCGCGAACCACGGUGUGCAGAUCUCCUUCCCGAAGCAGGACGAUCCACAGAACAGCAUCAUCACGAUCCAGGGCUACGAGGAGAAGGCGCUGGCAGCGCGUGACGAGAUUCUCGGCAUGGUUGACUCGCUUAGCUCAGUAUAUAAGGAGGAGAUCCGGAUCGACGAGCGCGUGCACCGUCGCUUCAUUGGCUUCCGCGGUAAGCGGCUGCGUGAAAUCAAGGAGCAGUUCGGUGUCGAGGUGAACUUCCCGCGCAUGGAGGACCCGGACAAAUCGCUCGUUGUGCUCGCCGGAACGCCCGAUAACGUGGAAGCAUGCCGCGAUUACCUGCUCAAUCUGGAGGAAGAGUAUCUGCAGGACGUAACCGCGGCCCCGUCGGCACCGACCACCUUCUCGCAGCUGAUGGAGGACUCGAUGAGCAACCAGCAGCAGCACGCCAACAAGCAGGGCUUCGUCGUCAGCGGUGCACCGUGGGAGCGCAAGACCCCCAACACUCAGUCGCUCGAGGACUUCCCCGACUUCGGUGGGCUCGGUGGACCGGGUGCCGGAAAUGCCGACUCGUCCUCCCAGGGACCGAUCAAUUCGGCCUGGAACGCCAAGCAUUAGAGACGAUGGCGAGUUCAGUUCAGUGUGACGCAAACGUAAGAGCAGCUUGGCUGAUAAUGAUUUCGACCGCAAAAACACAGACAAAUAAAUCGAAAUGAAAAGGGAACCGCGCAGCGCAUGUAGUAGUAGAAGAAGAAGGGGGUGCUUUAUAAAUGCAAUUCAGAACUUGCACGAAAAUAUUACAAUAUCUCGAUCCUUAAGCGAAACUUCCCAAUACACACACACGUAGGAACAACACCGGAAAGGCGCAUACGAUAAAGGUCCACAUUAUAUUACCGGCCAGAGCUCAAGCGGAGGUGGUUUUUUGCAGGCAUUAGAGAAUGGAAGCUAGAGAAGGAGAAAGUGCGUGUUUUAGUGUGUAUGUUGCGAAAGAGUCAACGUUUUUCGUGUCGAUCAGUCGUCCUAGUAAUGAUAUUCCUUGUAACACACCACCCUCGAACUGUAAACCCCUCAUCCACCACAGACCCUUGGACCAGAAGCCGAGUUUCCAACUCGAUUCUGAUACCCUCUGCCCUAUUGCCACACUCCGGAAUUGACUUCCUAAUCGGAUCGACUCGUAACUGACGCAGCUAGGAACACAACUGAAACCUGGACAAAAGGCAAACGGGACUGAGACAGAUAGUAUAAGAGUGUUGCAUUUUUCUGUUUUUCUUCUUUUUUUUUGACGCAAGCACUAGAGCACGACGACGACACGACCGUUGAUUAAUGUAAAUAAUGCAGGAGAGGAAAACGAUGGGAAACAAGAGGGUUGAGAAGUGGAUUAUGUAGUUGAGAACAACCUAAAUCAAUCUAAUAAUGCUUGUUCCAUUAUUCGCAGUGGUCAUUUUUAAGCUCAAAAGCAGUUGAAAUAAUCUUCGAAAGGCCGACUGCGCCAUUGUUAAAACAAUAGUAGAACACACACUGCUUACCACCAGGCGAAAAAGAGAUGAGUAAUAGAGAUGUUCAUGGAACGCAGAAAGUGCGAACAACUCCACUGAAACAUAGAGAAGAUAAUGUAGAACAGAGGAGAUAAUGAAGAUAGCGAAAAGGAAAGCAUAACGAAAGGGCAAGUGGAUGCAAUGCGAGAGUUUAUCUACUUCAUACAAAUAAUGUUUUACUUUGGCGUACUACGAACGAGUCUUGUACGAUUGUUUUUUUGUUUCUUUUCCUUUCAAUCUGUUAGAUUCAUUCGUGGAAACUAAACAAUAGUGGAACUUUUCUACCAAAACCUA